AUGGUGUCAGAAGUCCAAAUAAAAGAUAUUGCACUUGCAAAAAUUGAAGAUUUGCUCCAGUCAAAUGGCAAGUCAUUGAAAGAAUAUUGUGGAAUGCCAUAUCCUUCAGAGAAUUUGGUGUCCAUCUUAGAAGACAGAAUUAUAAUGGAAGAGUUGAACUUUGACGUUAAUGCUGUUGCGAGUGAACUAGGUGGGUAUUUAGAAAAGCUAAUUGAUGAGCAGAAAUUUGCAUACGAUCAAAUAAUUGGUGCUGGAAGUCCUCUUGCAAGGUUAAUAUCCAAGGCCAAAUUAAUCAUAUGGGAUGAAGCUCCAAUGAUAAGUAAGUAUUGUUACGAAGCUUUAGACAAAUGCCUCAGCGACAUCUUAAGGUGCUCAGAUUCGUAUAAUGCUCAUUUGCCAUUUGGAGGUAAAGUUGUUGUUCUCGGAGGAGAUUUUAGACAAAUUUUACUUGUGAUUCCCAGAGGCUCAAGGCAAGAUAUAAUUCAGUCUUCUAUUAAUUCUUCAUAUUUGUGGCAUAACUGUAAGGUUUUAAAGCUUACAAAAAACAUGAGAUUGUCACUACGUGAAAACAAUAACAUACAAGAACUCAGAAAUUUUGCAGAAUGGCUACUCAAAAUUGGUGAUGGUUUGGCUGGUGAUACAACAGAUGGUGAAUCAAUCGUUCAUAUACCAUCUGACAUUUUGGUUAAGAACACUGAGACAUCUUUGGAUGACCUCAUUGAUUUUGUGUAUCUAGAUAUGUUAUCCAAUUUAUCCGUUGAAAAUUAUUUCAAGGAUAGAGCAAUUCUUGCACCAACUCUGGAUUGUGUCAUUGAUGUAUACAACAAGAUGGCUGCAGGGUUACCUGGACAAGAAAGAGUCUACUUAAGUCUACCACCACACAAGUUGGUUAUGAAGGUUGGCGCUCCUGUUAUGUUGCUGUGGAAUACAGACCCAACUAAUGGUUUGUACAAUGGAACGAGAAUGCAAGUUUCAAAGAAGACAAUUCCCAAUUAUCAUGUCAUUUGCAAUGACAAUAAAUACGUCCCAGGGACAAACUCUAUCGAAAGUUGGAAUUUACCUUCCAAGGCCAGUUUUCACCCGUGGUCAAUUGUAAGUUGCGUUAUCAAGGGUAACGAGUAA